GCUGUGAAAUCAGCAGUGCAGACCAUUACUGUAGGAGGAGUGGGUACAUCUCAAUUUAAGACAAUUAUUCCUUUGGCAACUGCACCCAAUGUUCAGCAGAUUCAGGUGCCUGGAAGCAAGUUCCAUUAUGUCAGACUUGUUACUGCUACAACAGCCAGUAGUUCGACCCAAUCGGCCAGUCAAAAUCCCAGUACGAAUACACAGCCUCUUCAACAGGCAAAGCCAGUGGUGGUGAAUGCAACCCCAGUGCGGAUGUCUGUUCCCAUAGUGCCAGCACAGACUGUGAAACAGGUGGUGCCCAAACCAAUCAACCCAACUUCCCAGAUAGUUACUACUAGUCAGCCCCAACAAAGACUUAUUAUGCCAGCCACUCCACUGCCACAAAUACAGCCCAACCUCACCAACCUCCCACCGGGCACUGUACUGGCACCAGCACCUGGCACAGGAAAUGUCGGAUAUGCAGUCCUUCCUGCUCAGUAUGUCACCCAGCUACAACAGUCAUCCUAUGUAUCCAUAGCAAGCAACACUGGCUUUACAGGGACAUCUAGUAUCCAGUCCCAGGCACGGCUGCCAUUCAACGGAAUAAUUCCUUCUGAAUCUGCAAACCGCCCCAGGAAGCCUUGCAAUUGUACUAAGUCUCUGUGUUUGAAAUUGUACUGUGAUUGCUUUGCCAACGGUGAAUUCUGCAAUAACUGCAACUGUACAAAUUGUUACAACAACCUGGACCAUGAAAAUGAUAGGCAAAAAGCAAUAAAGGCCUGCCUUGACAGAAACCCUGAAGCCUUCAAGCCCAAAAUAGGGAAAGGAAAGGAAGGAGAAUCGGAUCGGAGACACAGCAAAGGGUGUAACUGUAAACGCUCAGGAUGUCUCAAAAACUACUGCGAAUGUUAUGAGGCAAAAAUCAUGUGUUCUUCCAUAUGCAAAUGCAUUGGCUGUAAAAAUUUUGAAGAAAGCCCAGAGCGAAAGACGUUGAUGCAUUUAGCAGAUGCUGCAGAAGUUAGGGUCCAGCAGCAGACCGCUGCAAAGACCAAGUUAUCUUCCCAGAUCUCAGAUCUGCUGACAAGGCCAACACCAGCACUCAGCAGUGGUGGCGGGAAGCUGCCCUUCACGUUCGUAACCAAGGAGGUAGCUGAUGCAACCUGCGAAUGCCUUCUUGCACAGGCAGAGCAAGCGGAAAAGAUGGGCAAGUCAAAAGCUGCAGCAGAGCGCAUGAUCCUGGAGGAGUUCGGACGCUGUUUGAUGAGAGUUAUUAACUCUGCAGGGAAGUCCAAAAGUGACCCUUGUGCCAUGAACUGCUGACUCAUGCACAUGCGCCACAACAAAGUGGACUGAACAGAACACUUAAGGCACAGGGACACUUUGGUUUGGUAUAGAACAUUUAAUAAUAUUUGUUAAUUUGGUGCUUGUUGUAAAUUGACCUGCAUAAAAUUGAAACAAGAAAAUCUUUUAUAACGAGA